UCCCAGCUCUGCUGUCCCUCCUUCCCUGCCCGAGCCCUCACCUUGCUCUGCAGCCCAGGACAGUGACUGUUCCCAGAAGGAGAGUGGAGGAGCUGCGGGGUGGAUGAGAAAAGGAAAAUGCAGACAGAGAAGCACCUCACAGGAACAUUGGUCCUCUCUGUCUUCACUGCGGUGUUGGGCUUCUUCCAGUAUGGCUACAGCCUGGGGGUCAUCAACGCCCCCCAGAAGGUGAUAGAAGCACACUACGGGCGCGUGCUGGGCAUUGUCUCCCCGGACAGAUACACCACCAAUGCCUCCGGGGAGGAAGGCACGUUCCCCCAGGCUGGCACAGAGGGCACAUUCCCACCCCAGACUGACAUCAGCGAGGACCUCACUACCUCCCCACACAUCCUCACCAUGUACUGGUCCCUGUCCGUGUCCGUGUUCGCCAUCGGUGGCAUGGUCUCCUCCUUCACCGUGGGCUGGAUCGGCGACCGGCUCGGGAGAGUGAAAGCCAUGCUGGUGGUGAACAUCCUCUCCAUCGCUGGGAACCUUCUCAUGGGGCUGGCAAAAUUUGGGCCAUCCCACAUCCUCAUCAUCUCCGGGAGAGCAGUCACGGGGCUGUACUGCGGGCUCUCCUCCGGACUCGUGCCCAUGUAUGUCAGCGAGGUCUCUCCCACGGCCCUUCGAGGAGCGCUGGGGACGCUGCACCAGCUCGCAAUCGUCACGGGUAUCCUCUUCAGCCAGAUCCUUGGACUAGACUUUCUUCUGGGCAAUGACGAGAUGUGGCCCCUGCUCCUUGGUCUGUCUGGCGUGGCUGCCCUGCUGCAGUUCUUCCUGCUCUUACUGUGCCCUGAGAGCCCCCGAUAUCUUUACAUCAAACUGGGGAAGGUGGAGGAAGCUAAAAAAAAUUUGAAAAGGCUUAGAGGAAAUUGUGAUCCAAUGAAAGAGAUUGAAGAGAUGGAAAAGGAAAAGCAAGAAGCUGCUAGUGAAAAGAAAGUCUCCAUAAGACAGCUUUUCACCUCUUCCAAGUACAGGCAAGCUGUCAUUGUGGCGCUGAUGGUGCAAAUAUCCCAGCAGUUCUCUGGAAUCAAUGCGAUCUUUUACUACUCCACAAAUAUUUUCGAGAGAGCUGGGGUUGACCAACCAGUUUAUGCAACCAUCGGUGUUGGAGUGGUGAACACGAUCUUCACUGUUAUCUCUGUCUUUCUGGUGGAGAAGGCGGGCAGGAGAUCCCUGUUCCUGGCAGGUUUGAUGGGCAUGUUAGUCAGCGCCGUGGCCAUGACAGUUGGGCUUGUGCUCCUGAGCCAGUUUGCCUGGAUGAGCUAUGUCAGCAUGGUUGCAAUCUUCCUCUUCGUCAUCUUCUUCGAAGUGGGGCCUGGGCCCAUCCCCUGGUUUAUCGUAGCCGAACUGUUCAGCCAGGGCCCGCGCCCUGCCGCCAUCGCUGUCGCCGGCUUCUGCAACUGGGCCUGCAACUUCAUCGUGGGAAUGUGUUUCCAGUACAUAGCAGAUCUGUGUGGACCAUACGUGUUUGCAAUCUUUGCGGGUCUGCUCCUCAUCUUCUUCCUGUUUGCGCACUUCAAAGUACCGGAGACGAAAGGAAAGUCCUUUGAGGAGAUUGCAGCUGUGUUCCGCCGCAAGAAGCUCUCGGCCAAAGCCAUGACUGAGCUGCAAGACCUGCGACGCAGCGAGGAGGCAUAGACAUCCCAUGCACCCAGAAAGGAGGGACUGGGCAUGCACCUCCUUCAGGCACCACGGGAAGAAUGUUGGGCAAAAGUCUCAUUUCACAAAAACCUUGCAGCUGGCAGACCAAGAAGACCCAUCCAUUGGAUUUCUUCUGGCUGCUGCAGUUUACACCUCCCAGCCACCAGUGCUAACCUGGAAUUUUCCUCUGAGACACUUGGGACAGCUGGGCUGCAGGACAGGGACAGAGAAAGGACAGGAGGAGUACGGUACAUGUCCGUCUCAAUGCCCUUCUGGAAGAGCCCAGUGGGACAGUGAUCUUACCAGAUGGCAUUGAGCAGGGCUGUCUCUUAGCUGAAAUGAAGGAAAGAGGGGCUGCUGAUGCUGCAGCCUCAUGUUUUCACUUUUUUAUCCCCAUCUCUCUGCUUCAUUCUGGUGAGUGACCUGGUCCCUUUAAAAUCCAACUGCUCGUGCAGUUGUGCCACCAGCACACAGUACUGAUCACCCCAGGUGCUAAGGAAAACAGGUUGAGCAAACACCCCCUUACUCUUGCUUCUGCAGAGGAAGACGGUGGAUCCCACCUGAACCGGCUGAGAUGUACUUCUCUUGCUUUGCUAUCUGUGCAUUAUGGAAAUGCUGUCUUAUCUCAUAAGGAUUUCUCAGUUGCAACAAUUUUUUUGAGAAUCUUAGAAACUGUGGCUGGGCUGAUGGGCACUUUUCCUACAUUUCAGCCAAACUAUUUAGUUCUCUCUUUCCUCCCAGGAAGCCUCUCCUCUCCCCCUUCUCCCUGCUGCAGCACAAGGCACAGCACAACACUAACCACACAAAAGGCCUGGGCACCUCCUUCCCCAUCUGCACCUUCCUUCCCUUCCUUUCAUAGAGUGCUCAAGACCCACAGGCUCCAGGUCCAGCCAAGGGCUCAGGCUGCUCAUAGAGCAACAAUUAAUAAUAACCCAAAGAAGAAAUGGGUAUUGGAAGGUUAACUGGAAGGUGACACUUACCUAACUCCCAUUUUGCAUCACUUAGCAUUUUGCUGGCUGGGUGUGCUUCAGCCAAGACAGUGUGCAAGCAGGAGGUCAUGCCAUUUCCACAGCCUUGUUUGUGCUCCUUUUGCUUCUUUAUGAGACAUUUUUAUGUGGCAGAAUCAAACUCCAAGGAUUUUUCUUCCUUUUUUGGGGGCAUAUUUUGGAACCAUCGUAAAAGCCUGCUCUCUGCUUAAGAUUUCCAUGUUCCUUGUUGUGAUACCAGGUUAGUUUUUAGCAACUUUCUCAGGGUAGAAACCCAUUAUUUAUUUAGAGGUGAAACACCAGCAUUACUUGGUCACUGUGUGCUCACCAUGGCUGUUGGUGAAGCAGUGGCCAAAAUGUAACACAGGAUUGAGCAUAAUGAAAGGCACAAAACAGAUGGGCUGAGGAGGAUCACAUUGCUGCUAUGGGUUUGGUUUUAGGGGAGGUUCAUGCUCCUUUCUAUGUGCCUGAACUUUUUUCCUGUGCAGACUUUACUGUCUUGGUAUUAAGAUCCUACAGCACACUCUGGUCACUUCCAAGUGAUGGGAAGUGCAGCCACAAGGUCCACUGGCAGAAAUGCCUGCCCCUGGUGUGUGCACUGGAGCAGUAAGAUUGCACCACAGGCUUUGCUGGAGUGACUGCUGGGAUUUAACUAGAGGAGAACUGGGUCAGCGCUGUCAUGUGCUGCAGUGGUGGGUGACCCAGGUCUGACACGGGGCACACAGGGCUGCUGGGAACCAGAUCCCAGGCUAGGGAUGGGAAGAGAACAGCAGAGCUGGGGCACAGGUCUGUGUUGAGCUGUCCAGCUGCACACAGGUCCCCCCAGGCGAGGCCAACGGCCACGGCAGGCUCAGAACCACUCCACUGGCUAUGUGUACUGUACGUUAAAUAUAAUGCAUUAUCUGAAUGUACAAAAAGGAGAAAAAAAGAGGAUUCUUGCUAUCAGCAUUGUUAUCUAGGUCUGUUAGAUAAAAGAUGAACAACAUCUAUGACAUGGGAUGGCUUGCGCUGCUGUUUUCCCCCCCUGCACAUCUCAGACAUACAUCCAAUGCCAGAUGGGAGCUAUUUCCCUAGCAGGACACAUUUGCUCCACAGGUGGUAAAAGCUGUGCAAGCCCUCAGCUAAAUCCCUUUGAAACAGGUGGUCCGGAGGUGAGACUUGGGGUUGGAGGUAGCCCUGGAGCUGGUGGCAGCUGGCUUUGGGCCGGGAUGAACCCUGAUGGGAGGGAUGCCAGCGUCUGGCCCCAGCUGUCCACACUGCCCACUUCACCCCACUGUGAAGCACCUCUGCUUGCAUGGUCCUGGUGCAGCCUAAAACCUGGUGCUGGGGCCUCUGUAGGCUUGAGAGGCAGGAGGAACAUUUGGGGAGAAGUGAGGUUCAAAGCAGAUUUGCCACUGCUCUGAGGGCCCAGUCAAGCUGGGUUCCCUGUGGUCAUACAGGGGGUACAAAUUUAUUUCCUAAAAUUCUGCUAAGCUUUGUCCUAUUGUUUGGGGGGCAUCAGUGACUCUGCCAGCAGCUCAGCAGUGAGGGGCCUUAUUGAUGAACAUUGAGCAGUCAGUCCUGGCUUUCCUGUGUCACUGGUGAAUGACAAUAGAAAGCCCAGUUCAGUUACUGUAGUGCAACACAUAAAUCAGUUUAACAAAGCCCACAGUAUUAACAUUGCCCACAGCUACAACACUGAACUUCCCAGAAGAGCUGCCUGGGGGUUCAGAGGCACCUGUGGAAAAUGGAGUGUCAGGCUAUGUUUCCUUGCAGCAGCUGCCAUGUGGAAGGUAAGGGAGUUUAAUCCUUUCAGCCUGGGACAGAGUAAGGCAUUGCUGGCCCUUUGUCCUCCCCAUGGCUGCAGUGAAGGAUCAAGCUGGGCUUUACUGUCACAAGAGCACUUUAACCAUAUGCCAGCACAGGAUGGGGUCAUUAGAGUUAGUUAAAUCUGACGAUAUGUUUACUUUUGUCUCAUCCCAUCAGGCUGAUAAUUAGGACUGUACACUUUAUCUGUCCUUGCUACAUCCAAGUUCCAGUUAAAACUUGUUCUUGAGACACAGCUUGUUGAAUCAUUAUUUUUAUCUCUCGCCUUUACAGUUUUACUAAGUUGCUAAUCAUUAAGAAAAUUUAAAAGACCAAGUCAAACUUAUUAGCUAAAUGGUCGUUGCAUUUUAGUAACAUGCUAAAUAUGUUCUCAUACCAUGCCUGGCUAAUAAUGCAAUAUAAUUAAUAAUCCCUGAGAAAGCAUCUUGUCAGCAAGAGCUUUGACAGUGUUUUCCUAAUGUGCUGAGACAACAGCCAUUAGGACUUUUCUGUUGUGCCAACGGUAUCUAGUCUCCCACUCUCUAGGUUUAAUUUUAAAAUUAGUUUGACUUCCCUAAUUCAAUAAACUUAGGACAUUUGGCCCCAUUAACGCUCUCCACACUAAUUUAUCACAGGUUUUUCUGCCUCAUUUCAACUUGUUUUUCAUCACUGAGAAGCACUACCCUCUAUCUCUGGAGUCAAACAGCUGAUAAUGAUGAAGCUGACCCAAGUACUACUUAUGCAGGGACAAAGUCUUUGAGGUAUGAUGAAUUUUCUGAGGUGUUCAAUGUCCUUAUCUUUCACCGGAAAUCUAUGGGAGCUGAGGAAUUUCAAGGUAGGAUAUCAGGUCGGGAUCCAGCAGAAUGUGUAAGCAUCAGAUUAAAUUUAAGGUAACCGAGUGUGUUCAAGUAUUUCAUGAAAUCCUGAAGCAACACUGGCAAAUUUCACCCAGAGGCACAGCCUGAGUAGCUGUGCUGAAAGGGAAGGAGUCUCCUCCCCAGCACUGGGGCAAUAAAUCCUGGCUGCAGAUCAGCAGUCCUUAAAUUUUACAGGCUGUAGAUACAACUGCAGACCCGAGGCUUGGGGAGUGUCCUGCGUUUUGCCUCCCUGCACUCUGUUCAGGAGAGUGGUUCUGUGACUCUGAUAAACUUCAGGACCCCGCAGGUCAGGGUGGAAUAUCACUGCUCCAGCACUGCUGCAGCCCCAGGAGGAGGGAACAGCUGGAGUUACUUUGUGCUUUCCUUCUUCCGCGUGGGGAAGUUACAAUUACAGUGGUUCCUGCUAGUUCACAGUGUCACCGCACUGUCACCGCUUGCCUCUGAUCCCCUGAGUGUGCCCAGGGUGAUUCCCUGGGCAUUCCAACAUGGGCUCGGCACAGGAAGCAGCUGGUGAACGGCAGGACUAAAGCAGUGCCCGGAGCAGAGUGGGUGCCUGUGGCAAGGUCACUACAGAGGGUCCCUGGCCCCAUUCCUGCGACACAGACACACUGUUCCUAGGAGCUCUGAGGGCCCGCUGAGCGUGGCACUGUCCUGUGGAGGGGGAUCACUGAUCCACAGCUUCUCUCAGGUCCUCCUGCUCAAGGCUGUGCCCACAAGCCAGCGUGAAGCCUCACCCCAACAGUGAGGACACGGUGGGAUCCCAGGAAAGUCAUCUCAGCAGCUGAAACAGAGACACUGCUCAGGUUGGAACAGGGCUGUUUACACCACUCCGCUCAUGACCUGGUAUUUCUAAUCGUGUGACCUGACCCCACAGCCCAGGGGUGUAAACACCACCUCCUGCCUCUCAUGGGCCGGCUGGAAACAGGUGAGAUGUUUCUGGAAACAAGGUGGGAUGUUUACCCCAGCACUGGCUGAAAUGCAUAUUCUCAAGGCUGGGCUUUGAUGAGGCGCUUUAGGGCAUCAGACACUUCUCCAGGACAUAACUGAGAACAGACGCAACUCACUAAGUUUAAAUCUUCCUAAAGUUUUCUAGUCCCUCUUCACUUCUUAAAGACACAGAUAGGAGAAGAAAAAUGUGUUAACAUUCUGACCCUACUUGAGAGAAAAGGUGUGUGAUCCAGUUGUGCAGUACUGGAAAAAAAAACACCUUUAAAUGUGAAAGGACAAGGUAUUUUAUUUACAAAUAUGUUUUGAAUCAAAUUGCUGUUCUUGUAUAGAAAAGUGGGAUAAUCACAUUAAUAUUAUCAAGAACUGCACUUUAGAAAAUUAAUGUUGAUCUAGACAAAGGAAUGAUGCCUGCAGGCAAUAACUGAUGGAUUGGAUUUCCAAUGUUUUUUAUUGAAUCCCAAAUAAAGGCUGUCUUGGAAUAUUUA